AUGGCUUCGUUUUUCCAGCCCGGGAAGGAUGACCCGACCCGCGAUGCAUGCGGUGAGCAGAAGUAUCAAGUCUACUGCAAUAGUGUCCUCCCCGCAGGCCACAGGUUCAUUCACUUGUUCCAAGUCGUGAACUUUACGUUUGGCCUUACAGCUACGUUUGUCCCUUUAAUUCUUUAUCUCGUCUACAGGUUCAUUCAGUCACGUAAAGCAAGAAGACCAAAGGCGUCAAGGCAACGGAAUCGCCUUCUCAGCCUAGAUGGAGGAAUCAACUCCACCGUGGCUCCUAUGCACUCGUUCAGACCGACGAAAACAUUCACGAUCCUCUCCGAGUCCGAUGCCCUCUCGUCCAAGCGAUCCACCCGAACAUACGAUUUCGUUAUCCUCCCACUGUCAAUGAAUGGGAGCAUCGCUGGUGAAGAUGGAGCCUCGCGCUCGUCCAUUGGCACGUCCGAUACCAUCGUCGCCAAGAUGCGUCUUGCCAAUAUUAGCAUCGAUUCCUUGGGCCCCGAUGCGCUCGACCAGUCUCGAAUUGACGGCACUUGCGACUUCCUCACCCAGACGUACAUGGACAAUAGCUUGGCCGGAUACGCGCUUCAGGUUUCUGCAGCCGAGAAGCCUGAACAGGUAGAUGAACUACUAGGACGACUCCAUGACGCGAGAAUUCCCGUUCUUCUUUCAUGCUGUCAUGAUUCCGAAGCUCUCGACGCAAUCAGUUUCACUUAUGUGUCUGGCCUGAUUGUUGAAAAUGCGCUCAUUUUGCCAAACGGAGAGGCACGGGAUUAUUUCAGGGCUCAACGGCUCCGAAACAUCAUGGCCAGGUGUCACAAGGAGCGAGAAGAGAGGCCUAGCUUCUUUAUCGGGUUCCUUACCCGAUGGGAGAAGCGACCACAUCCUGCUACAGUCCGUCGAGCCGUAAAGCUCGCCGAACACUUUGGUGCUGUUUUCGAUCACAGUCCCCUCGACCAUGCCACGAGUCUUAAGGAGCCUAUGCCAAGUCCCACGGAGACGCUUAGCGGUUUUGAGUAUCUUCGUCGUGCAGAAACCAUCGAGCUUCAGAAAUCCUGGGCCACCGAGGCGAGGGGGGUCUGGAUUCCCGAUGGAUCCCCUUUUGCCAAGGUAGCGGAACUGUCGCUAGAAGAUCUUGAGGCUGUGAUGCCCAACGCGUCAUACCUUCUGACACAUCAAGAUCUCCCGCUGGCACUGAGGGCCAUCAAAGAUGAGGUGCCAAGAUACUACGUAUCUCCCGAUUAUAUCGACCUCGUACCAGCCCGAGUCAGCUUUUGGGACUCCUCCAGUGAUAGGAAGCAUCUUUCACCUGCUGGAUGCUUUCCGCUCACCUCUGAGCCUCAUGCAGAUCAUUAUCAGGCAAUCAGUUCCACUCAACAUCACCUGAAGGAACUCGAAAUGCUUCAUUCCGUGGAAGGUCCCGAAUUGGAGCUGUUGGUGGUCGCCUUGACCUCGUUAACUCAACGCGGGGAGUGUAACGCUGCUGUACAUGAGCUCAUCGAGGGCCUUCGAGACCAUCAAAUCCGCGUCUACAAGGGAAUGGAUACCGGGUUUGGCGUUCCCGAAAGCGACGCCCACUUUUGGGGUGUCUCAAAAGAUCGACCAGGCCCUACUGCUAACUGUGUCGACAUCUUCGUCUCUCAAAAGGCCCCCAGCGAUGCAGCCACAGUUCUUCACUCUUGGUUCGCUCACAGACAAAUUCCUCGUUUGCACCGAUAUGAGGAAGAGCUUCAUCUGGAAAUUGUCAACAACCAGAGCGACUCCUCAGGUCUCCCUCUCAGUAUCCGAGCAACGAUUGACCAAGCGACGUAUUCGGAAGUUCUGAGUCUCCUCCAGAAGCUACGAGCGUCUCAAUUAAAUCAUCCUUUUGCCGACGCGAUUAAGGCCUAUUGUCGGUCUAUGCUGAUCAGCGAAACUACCAAGUCAGCCUGGAACUUGACCUGCGCCAAAGCCGCCCUCGACGGGUCUACAAGCAUGCAAGACAUUCUCCGAAUGCGUCUCGAGUACUACGCCAGACAGGGCGCGACAGAGCUACCAACUCUAGAGAAUGUCGUCGCGUUGUAUAAGCUGACAAGCAAGACUAUUGUGGAUGCUCUCUUCUUUGGGCGUCGAGACACCAUCAAUGCACUGACACAGGCUCUACUUCGCGCCUACGACCCUUGGAAAUCCUGGACUGAUUGCGAUUACGUUGACAUCAACGCUGAACUUUACGCUCUCAUCUUGUUCACUGUCCUUCGAAGGGCGGCCUUUGAAGAGGUCUAUAAUGAGUCCAUUGACCGCUGCCCUAUCUUUGUAUCGCAGCCCGAUCAAGCAGCAGUAUUCUCAGAGCUUUGGAUUCUUGGAUCUCAAUGCGAUAUCUAUUUUGGAUUGCUUCCCCGGGAUAUUGGCAACAUCAUCUACCAACGCUAUCGCACACACCUGGAUCAGCGUCCCCCCACAGCCGCCGAUCGAGUCAACAACGAGAUCAUGACUAUGUACUUCAGUCCGAGUGCGCCACCCAUCAUCAAGGAAGGUGAUGAAGGAGCCUUUCCAGGAUCUUCAGGGAUGAAGCGCACUCGUUAUGAAAGAAUUCGGUUGUGGAAGAAGAAGUUCGCCGAAGCUGGCGCUCUGUCCAUCUUUUGUCUCCCCGCGCUCGUGGACGUUAUACUCCUCACCUUCGUGGGGCGGGGAUGCUUCAUGACUGCAUUCAUGGACUAUAGAGCCCUGGAGGCGGCUGGCUAUGCGCUGCUUGUUUCCCUGUUACUUACUGCUGGAGUCACGGGUUGGGCCGGUAGUAUCGGCAAUUACUACCUGGCCCAUUAUGCCUAUGACAAUAUGGUCUACUUCCACGUUCAAAGGCUGGCUGGAGGUUUUAUCCUGACGCUUCUUGUCGCAAUGGCGGGCCUUAUCAUGUUCGGCUUGCGAUACUCUGUUGAAAUAGGGUUCGUCUUCGUGGCCUACGUCAUCUGUAUCACGACUCAUUUCAAUCUCUUGGGAAUUAUGAGUUCUAUGCACCAGCAUGAAAGCCCAAUCUUGUCGGGUCGCACCAUGUUUAUUCAAGACAUGUCGAUCCUCCUACUAUCACCGACAAUCUCAUCCUUCAUCAAUGGUCGUGACAUCGAGAUCUACCUCCUUGUCAUGUACACCUACCUGUUCGUGUCCCUAUAUCGAUACCGACGACUGUGUCACGAAUGGUCCAAUUGGAUGGACAACAUUCCGAAGUUCUCGCACAAAGAUGUUCUUGAAUGGUAUGCUGCGAGGCAAGAUCCUGAUACGAACGAAGCAGACCUGAAAGACCAAGAGGCUGUGGCCUUGCAGACCUUCACUGCGUUUCUGGAGUCAUACCAACGCCGCACAAAGGACUCCCGCUCUUCUGGUGUCCUCUCAGACCCAUUUGUAGCUCGCAUCGCAAAAGGGCUGCCCUUUAUCGAUUGGCUAUUCAGAAAGACCAACCCCAAUCGUGAUGAUCAUCCAGACAUGUUCAGCACCGCCUGGUUCACUCAGCUCAACGAAUCCAAGAAUGCACAGCUUGGCUUGAUCCGCGGCCUCAAGGACCAUAAUGUCUUCACGCUCUUCCGCCUUGCUCGUUACGACAUUGGCCAAACCCUUGCACUGUUCUUGGUCGCUCUCAUGGACCGCUGGGUCAUGAUGGUCUGGAGCGCAGGUGGACCCUAUCCGAGUAUGUAUAGUGACUCCAGAGCUCGUUAUGGCAUUUGCAUGUCCAUCAGUUACUUCUGCGUGGCGGCUAUGCUGCUCGAUUCGACGCUCUAUAAAUAUUGGGGCCUGAAGGACCAGAUCUCAGACGAAAAGCUUCGGGACUUUGAGCAUGCUCAGAAACUCGCCGCAGAGUUCGAAACAUUCCGUCGUACGAGCAUCCUCAAGGCACUCACAGAUAUCAUGGGGAAGCUUUUCAUCGUUGUCGGUGUCUCUACCCUCCUCCUUUGCGUUUUCGUUGAGAGCUGGGAAACGACAGUUCUUUACUAUAUGUACACCCUGGGAUAUACUGCGACCAUCAUCUUCCAGUUCAAUCGAUGCUUCACCACUAAUGUCAAUGUCUACAUCGCCAUUCUCUACUUUUCAGCAAUCAUAGGCUUCGUCGUUGGCUGCGUCCUCCAUUCUAUUCCCGCCACCUCCCAAUGGCUCUACAAUGAUAUUAUUGCGCAGAACACAGCUUCCCUCCUUGCAGCCGCCGGAACAUCCCUUUGGAGCUACAAGGAUUGGACCGCGUCACCCCCCUCUCACUCGACGUCUGAGUCCGUUGAUGGCGAACGUGACACCUACAUCCAACGAAGAUACAGUGCCGAGGAGUCCAUUCCAUCAAAGAUUCCGACGGAGGCUAUUCAAAACAGCUUGUUUGGCGUGAAGAUCACCCAUGAGGAUGGCAAACCAACGUCCAAGAGAGUCACAGAAAACCUGCAUCGCUCUCUCGAGUACCCCAAUAAAAUGACUCGAGGCACACCCUGGGCCCGAAAGCUUGUGAAGACGGCGAGGGAGAUGUGGUUCAACCACAAAAUCACUGUCAAAAUCGUCCGCCGAGAAGACUUUUGGGAGGAUGGCUUGGGUGACAUGAGCUCGUUCAGCGUACAGCGAGGCACCAACCUUCAUAUCACGGUCGGAUUCAUGGGUGAAGCUCAGCUGUGUUUGCCUGCGUGGCAGCCAUUACUGGCCACUGUUAUCAGCGAGUCCAUCUUGUAUCAUGUAGCUCGGUCCCAGUUCAACCUCUCGAGCAGCCGUGCGCUUCGAGCCGAGCACUUUCUCUAUGAUACGGAGUUCAUUUCCAGGAGACUCGAGUUUGAGAUCUCUUCAGACUCCCGGCAACAACUCACCCGUCUGUCUCUCAAAACAGAGAUGGAAAUGAUGAAACAUCUGUGUCUGGACUUUGAUGUUGACGCCGACUGGCCAACAACCCCUCAAUCUGUCCGCGAGGGCGUCUUGCGACGAAUUUUCGGGGAACCAGUUGCUUUGACGUUUGAGUUCACUCAGUGGGCAUCUGGAGCCAAGAUCGACCUGGAGACGGAGGAUUUCUACGUCGGCCUCACUCUAGAGGUCUAUCGGAAGUGCCAAGAGAAACUCAGCCCGACCACGUCCUUCUCAGUCCUGGGGCAAGAUAUUUUACCGCCGCCUCCCCCAGAAUUGAAAACGGUCGAUAUCGAGAGCGCUGAGACUGCUACCUUUUUCCAAAAUCUCUGGGCAAGGAUGAUCUCUUCACCCUACGUGUGCGUCAAGUGGAUCGCAUUCAUCAGCUCAGGAGCAUCCAAUGUCGAAAGAGAGCUCCUCCACUGUCUUAACAAAACACCAAUGAGAAGUACUCUCGCCUGGACGAUCCUGCGUAUUUGGAAUAUCUGUCGCGCUGUCAGUCACUUCUGGGUCUAUUGGAUUCUGAUCUAUCACCGACCUGCACUCGUCAACAUCACUCGCCUUGCCCAGAAAGGUGCCCGUCGAACGAUUAUCAAAGACACCGUCGUCGUCGAACUAUCGCGAAAGAACAUCACUGGAAUUGCGUCAGUCGACGAGAGCAAGGUAUUGGCUCUCAAAGUGUAUCCUGGAUCUCUCAAGGAGGCCCCCGCCACUGGAGACCCGUUGUUCGUGGAUACCUAUGAUGAGAGAUUGCGUCUCAGGAGCAAACAGGACAGCAGCGAUGGCGGUGUUUGCACAUACCAGUACGACGGAAACUCUCGCUGGCCGACUGCAAAGGUGAUCUCCAAAGAGGAUUCUACAAGCGUGGGAUACUACGACAACUAUGGGCGUAUUGUACGAGGCACGCGGACUCUCGGCGACGUCGAAUUUGUGUUCCAGUACCACUACAAGUCUGCACCAAAGGGCAAUUCCGACGUCCUCCGCGUCGACUACAAAUUGGCUGAUCCUAACUCAGACGACAUGCUCUCUGUGUUCUGGGGCAAGCCUGUGGUUGUUGAAGAGUACAACUGGACGCCAUCCAAGAACAUCGGUCGCAUUGUCAAGCUUACCAAUGGCAAGACAUACACCAGCGAAUAUGAGUACCUCCAUCGACGUGAUCCUGCAAUUACCCAUUUCGUGCAAGAGGGUCAACGCGCCCAGACUGCUAUUACUGACUCGCCUGCGGUCUUCCCUCGAGAGGCUGAAUUGUUCGCUCGUCCGCGCAACGCGUGUUUUGACUCAGACGACCUGCUGAUCUACCACAGUCGACGACAGAUCCGGCUCAUGAGACGGUAUGCCAGCGCGAAGCCUUCUCUCGUCUCACUCAUGAACCCUCUGUCGUGGAUUGACCGGUUGAAUAAACACAAGUACCGUCCUGUGCCAACUUGGCGGUUACGUACGGAGCUUUGGAGUCUUUGGCUCAAGGGCGCCACGCUCGACGCGGUGACGGCUUGUUGGAUGGAUGAGCUCAUUCUUCGCGAGGAACCUCUACUUCGACCUUAUUGGAGUGAGCGAGAUAUCGGACGUCUCGACAGCGCUCGCAGCAUCCUGGAUGCGAAUAUUGAUCAGAUUGUAGCCGCUAUGGAUAUCGACACCGAUGUGUCCGAGGUUACCGUCCUUGCCAUGAAGACAGCUGAUUUGUACGCCAUGGGACUGAGCAACGAUGCUCCUCAGGUGACUACGCGGCCGCAAGACUGUUUCAAUGAUACGAGUGACCGUAUUUCAGUCGUCUUCAAUGACAUUGGAUGCUGGCCAGUGGCGCCCGGAGGCGUCUCCAACUGUCGACGCGAUCUUGUCAAUGGGCACACCACGAUUCGAAAUCACGUUUUGUCUGAGUGUGCUAAUGACUAUGGCAUUCCCCGCUUCCAGAUUGAGAAGAGUGUGCAGUCUCUCAAGCUUCUGCCGCUUUGGGGAAUUGAUGGCGGCACUGCCAAUCACGGCGUGAUCGACAACAUGCUGGAGUCUGUGGUUGAUAAGAAGGUCGCUGACACCGGUGUGCAACGAGACAUCAUCGGCACGUUUGUCCCCCUCCUGAUGGAGUUCGUCAGGGGAGCCCGUACUAGACGUCUGGCCCGACCUGAUCUCAUCAAGUUCAGCAACGUCAUCCUCUCUAUGGCCAAGUACUACGAACACAAGGACUAUACCCUCACUUGGUCAUCUAAGGAGGUAGAAGAUACCUGGGUGGCUGCCUGGCUUGUCCACUACCAUGAUCCUAAUGUUGUCAACCCAUCAGAGACUUUCGAGAUCGAACGGCCGAGUAUUCCUGACUUCCGUGUUGCGCUGGGUAUUUUCCGGGCCUAUUUCUUCAUAUUCGCCGUUGGCAUUCCUGAGGAUUGUCCACGGGUCUUCCAGAGUACCCAUCAUGGCAUUAGCAGUCUCUUUGGACUGGUUCUUAAGCAUCGCCACGGUGCUAGCUUUGGUAUUUGGGACCAUGCUAUCCUCUGGCGAGAGUGCUGCCUUAACAUUAGUGCUGCACAAUGUGAGCUCCCACUCUCUGUGCAGUCUAUGCUUCUGGCUAGCAUUGGUCUGGCCAGUCGUCUCGCUUACUUCCACGCGGAUGUGAUCACACCAUGUGCAUCUCUCUUCAACCCUACUUGGGAAAUUGAGAUUGGCACAGAAAAGGGUACCGUUGGCAACAGAAACCUCUUCAAACGCAAGAUUGACCCGAUUGUCAACGGUAUUAGCAACAUGGAUGCGUUCACGCCGGUCGACAAAAUCCGAACAGAGAAACCCACUGUUCUCAUGCUGUCCAACGUUCAAGUUAUCAAGGGAGUCAAGGCAGCUAUCCAAGCAGCUGAGAUUAUCAUCAACCGGUUCGGCUUCACUGACUACCAGCUUAUCGUUUAUGGCGCAAAGGACCGCCAGCCGGCGUACGCACUGGAGAUGGAAAAGUUCAUCACUGAUAAUAACCUGUCAGAUAAGGUCAUUCUCGCUGGCUUUGGCAAUCCCAAGGUAAUCCUCAAGGAUGCCUGGUUGUUCAUGAACUCCUCUAUCUCUGAAGGCCUUCCUCUGGCCAUUGGCGAGGCAGCUCUUGCCGGUGUGCCUAUUGUCGCCACUGAGGUUGGUGCCACAGCUCUGGUCUUAACGGACCCUCAGAAUCCAGAUCUUCGCUAUGGCGAGGUCGUGCCGCCUAAUGACCCUCUGGCCCUGGCCCGCGCCCAGAUCAGUAUUCUCAGCAUGGUAGGCCAGUGGACCAAUUUCACCGACGAGGCCGGGCAGAAGAAUACGCCAACUCUCCCCGACGAGAUUACACCUACUGAUGUGGAGUGGCUUACGAAACGAUUCUAUGCGAAAGCAGAGUAUCGUCGAGAGCUUGGUAUGCUCUCGCGCAAGGUCGUCCUCCACAGUUUCCACGGGAACCGGUACCUACGGGAACACGAACAGAUGUUCUGGAUCCAAUGGCACCAAAGCAAGAUGAAGGCAGAGGAACAUAUUCAGGCCCGGGCCAACAACCGGUACAAGUUUGGAACGCCUGUGCCGCUCCGGUACGUCGAGGAUGACAACGAGGACUUGGAGGAAGAAACAAAGAUCGACUGGUCGCAGCCAAUCAUGCUUGAACAGUGGCAGGUGCUUGAAGGCCAAGGGCCACCAAGACGAAAGUCAGGAGCCAGAAUGAGUAAGAUUCUGAGAAGACAGCGGCCAUACUCAUUUGUGAGUGUUGUUUGA